AUAUCUCGUAGUCUUCUUCGUUCAUCCACUCAUUAAAUUCAGCACUAUCUCUAAACCAUCGCCUGGUCCUAACUCACCGAUCUAUCAUAUUAUUCGUGCAGCAUAUAAAUUUCGUGGACAAAAAAAAUGGAAACGUUGGGAUUGGGAGGUUAACAGAAAUGAUUUGAUCGAAAUGGUAAAGCAGAUCAGAAAUCACUUGGAAUCUAAAGGAUUGAUUAAAAAACCUAUGAUAUUACUUGGAGAAUCUGUGGCAGGGGGUACACAUAGACAAGAGCUAAUCGAGCAUAUAAAUAAUUUGGGAGGGCAAGUGACUCAUGAUGUUGCAAGAGCGACACAUAUUAUACAUGCUACAAAUGAGCAUAAUUAUGAUGCAGACGAAGAAUGGUACAGAACUUUAGAAAAAAAGGAUGGUAAAGUUUUGUUACAUUGGUGGUAUUACCCAGAUUCAUAUGACUCAUGGCUGGACGAAGCCGACCAUGCAGAUCCUGAACCAAAUCCCAUUCAUCACGGUCCCUGGAACGUAUCAGAACGAUGGCUUAGAGAUAGUGCUGAAUUUAAUGA